GUCUCCCCUCGCCUCGGUCACAUCACCCUGACAUGAAGCGCAAGCUGGACAUCUCCGAGCCAAUGUCGCUCUCCAAGAAGGGAGCCAACGGAGAGAAGAUGGAUGUCAAUCCGUACACGGGCAAGCCGUUUUCGUCGCGGUACUACAACAUUCUGGAGACGCGCAAGACGCUGCCAGUGUGGGCGAUGCGGGAUGAGAUCUUGCAGACGAUUGAUGACAACAAGGUGACGGUGCUGGUGGGAGAGACCGGAUCAGGAAAGACGACGCAGUUGCCGCAGAUGAUUGCCAACGCGCUGAUGGAGAAGGGCGACCAGGGCAUGGUGGGAUGCACUCAGCCGCGGCGAGUGGCCGCCAUGUCAGUCUCGUCGCGCGUGGCCGACGAGAUGGACGUCCAGCUCGGUGAGACGGUGGGUUACUCGAUUCGUUUCGACCAUCGGACGACGGACAAGACUGUGGUCAAGUACCUCACGGACGGUAUGCUGCUGCGGGAGGCGAUGACGGACCCGCUGCUCGAGUCAUACAAGUGCAUUGUGUUGGAUGAGGCGCAUGAGCGGACGCUGGCGACGGACAUUCUGCUCGGCCUGCUCAAGGCGGUCUGCGCCUCGCGUGACGACCUCAAGCUGGUGGUCAUGUCUGCCACGCUCGACGCGGCCAAGUUCCAGGAGUACUUUGACGGCGCGCCGCUGAUCACUGUUCCGGGACGGAUGCAUCCUGUGGAGGUCUACUUUACGCCGACGCCUGUGGAAGACUACCUGGAGACGUCGAUCCGGACUGCACUGCAGAUUCACGCUGUGGAGCCAGAGGGCGAUGUGCUCCUCUUCCUCACGGGUGAGCAGGAGAUUGAGGAUGCUGUGGCGCGGAUCCGCGGCGAAAUCUCCAAUAUGGGCACCGAGGUUGGCCCUGCGCUGGUCCUUCCGCUCUACUCGUCGCUUCCGCCGCAGCAUCAGCAGCGGAUCUUCAAUGAGGCGCCCAAGGCGCGGACGCCGGACGGCCCGCCGGGCCGCAAGAUCAUUGUCUCGACGAACAUUGCCGAGACCUCGCUCACCAUCGAUGGCGUGGUGUUUGUCAUUGAUCCGGGCUUUGCCAAGAUGAAGACGUACAACCCGCGGGCACGAGUCGAGUCGCUCCUUGUCACACCGAUUUCCAAGGCGUCGGCGCAGCAGCGUGCCGGUCGUGCCGGUCGUACCAAGCCGGGCAAGGCGUUCCGGCUCUACCCCGAGUCAGCCUUCCACAAUGACCUCCAGGAGAGCACGUAUCCGGAGAUUCUGCGGUCGAACUUGGCGUCUGUUGUCUUGCAGCUGAAGCGCAUCGGUGUCGAUGACCUGGUCCACUUUGACUUUGUGGAUCCACCGGCGCCCGAGACGAUGAUGCGUGCGCUGGACACGCUCAACUACCUCGGGGCGCUCGAUGACGACGGCAACCUGACCGAGCUGGGUAAGAUCAUGUCCGAGCUCCCGCUGGACCCGCAGAUGGGCAAGAUGCUCAUUGCGUCGUCGGAGCUCGGGUGCUCGAACGAGAUUCUCUCCAUUGUGGCAUGCCUCUCUGUCCCGCGUAUCUUUACGCGGCCGCGGGCGAACCAGCACGAGGCCGACGCGGCGCACGCGCACUUUUCGCACUCGGAUGGUGACCACCUCACGCUGCUCAACGUGUACCACGCGUGGAACCAGUCCGGGCGGUCGCGCGACUGGGCCUUUGACCACUUCCUCAACGCGCGCUCGCUGGCGUCGGCCGACUCGGUCCGCGCGCAGCUGGUGCGCAUCAUGCAGCGUUUCAACCUCGAUCUCGUCUCGCCCGACAUGUCGUCGCCCGACUACGAUGUCUCCAUCCGCCGCGCCAUGGUCGCCGGCUACUUUAUGCAGGUCGCCCACCACGAGCGCUCCGGCCGGUACCUGACGAUCAAGGACAACGAGGAGGUCAUUGUCCACCCGUCGUCGGUCCUCCGCCGCAAGCCGGAGUGGCUGCUCUUUAACGAGUUUGUCCUCACCACCGCACACUACAUCCGGACCGUCACCGAGAUCGACGGUGAGUGGCUCAUGGAGUUUGCUCCGCACUACUAUGACCUCUCCAACUUUCCCGACUGCGCUGCCAAGCGCACGCUCGCGCGCUAUGCCCGCUACAACGCCUCGCAGGCCUCGCAGCGCCCUGCGGCCGACGACGACUCGUCGUCGUCUGACGACGAGCCGGCUGAGUCUGAGGAGGCUAAGCGGCGCCGUGAGAAGCGCGCCGAGAAGAAGCGCAAGCGCGCUGAGCGCGCCAAGAGCAAAGCCAAGUCCAAGUCCAAGGACAAGUCAAGUCUAAGUCCAAGGACAAGAAGAAGAAGAAGAAGAAGGACAAGCAGUAGAAGCGCAAGCGCACGACGUGCCUGCACCUGCUUCGCCCCCUCUGGCGCUUAGAGUCAAGGGCCUGCAUUGGGCUCAGUCGCGAAGCGAGCGACCCUUGCCUCCAAAUGCAGUAAAGUUCUCCGGGACGGACGAGGCAACCUUGCGGUCACGGAGCGGGAGAG